AUCGAUUCUUUCUCGUAAACUGUUGAAAGAGAGUUUGCCAAACUAUAAGAGGUUGUCAGUUGAAAAGUGAGAAACUAAAGGUGAUAGUGAUGGUUGGCCAACGCAGUUUUACCUGCCAAUGUGAACAAACAAACACAACCCACAGAACACAUGCUCAUUUCUCAGGGGCAUGUAUGCUAACAAAUCGUGAUAGGGAAAAUCGAGCUCUACGAGAUAGCGAAAACCGAAAUAUCUAAGCACGCACUUAUCAAUCAAUACCCGAUAAGAUUAGUUAACUGUGGCCCAUAGAUAAACCAGGGACCUGUUCAACACGCUCACCUACAAGAACCGCAAAGCGCGGACGUGUAGUCUUCGCCGCGAGUUCGACCACAAAAGGUCCGAUGCAGACCGAUCGGCCAUCUCCAGACGAUGGAUUCCACGUCGUACCCAUCCACAGUGAUGCGGAGCAGCACAUCCACAGCAACUCCGAUCGCCAGCGGGAGCUAAUCCUCCAGAACUCACAGACCAGUCCUUGCUGCAAUCGGGAUCUCCGCAAUCAGCCGCAGGCAAAUGCAGUUGGAGCUGCUGCCCUUAUAUUCCUGACCGGUGGAAUGCACAUAGCAUGGAGCAUUGGCUUUGAUAGUUUGGCUGCCGAACUGGAAGUUACGAACCAUGUUCGAAUUUGCUGGUUUAUAGGUGCCAUUAUUGGGGCCCUGCUCGGUGGAUUUUUUAGCAGAUGGUUUCCCUACAAAACAUUAAUGGAAUUCUGUUCGCUGCUCACGCUCACAGGUGGAAUAGUGAUGGCGGUGAACAGCAUGGAUCUGGACGCCCUGCUGGCAGGGAGGUAUAUGAAUGGAUUGGCCAACGGACUGGCCAUCGCACCCACUUUGGCCAUGGCCGGUGAGCUGUCGGUGUUCUACAAGAGGGGCACCACCACAUCGGCGGCUGAACAGUGGCCCACAACGAUUGGCAUCUUUGUGCAGAUCGUGUGCAGCAAGAGUUGGGAUGUGCAGAGUGAAUUCACGGAGGAGCAGUUUCAGGGCGUGCUCAGUGGCGUCCUGGGCGCCAUAGCCCUGCUCCUCGCCUUCCUGCUCUCCAUCGAAUCCCCGGUGGACCUGCUGGAGCAGGGCAAUGAACAGGGUGCCAUCGAUGCUUUGAGCCGGCUUCAAAGACCGCGAGCUGUGACCGCUGAGACCUACGACCAAGUGAGGGAUCAUCGCACCUAUGUGGAGCACCACAAAUCCUUGGGUUGGCGCCACGCCCUGCCCGCCCUCGUUCGCCUAUCGGUGCUGAGGGUUUUCUAUGCACUCAGCUUGAGCAUGAUUGUGGCCUAUACAUUGGCAUGGACGAGCACCGAGGUGUACGGCGAUAGUGGUGGUCCAUAUGUGCUCUUUGGUUUCCUGCGACUGAUGGGCAGCUUCACGACCUCCUUUGCCCUGGAUUCCUUGGGCAGGAAGAUACCCCUGCUCCUGGGACUGGUCAUUUCGGGAGGCCUGGCCUGCGGACUGGCCAGCAGAUUCGCGGGCAGCCAUCUACUCACAUUCUGGGACAAUCGGAUGGCCCUGUGGCUGCUGCUCAUCUACCAAUUGUUCGCCGGCAUAGCCUUUGCGCCCAGUUCAUCCUAUCUCUCGGAGGCCUUUCCACGUCGCAUCAAAAGGCCUUGCAUUGCUAUCCCCUAUAUUCUGGAGAUGAUUGUCCAGCUGCUCAUCUGCCAAGUGGAUUUCAGCGCCAUUGACAGUUCCAGCAGCUAUGUGGCAGUGUACUUCUUCAGCCUGGGAGGUUUACUCCUGGCGGGAUUUCUAUUCAGUGUUUGGUACAUGCCCGAAACGAAGGACACCACUCUCCUGCAAGCGCAGUUCAAGUUCCAGGAAUUCGUAAUCCCACCAGCCUGAAAGUAGGCACCUCGAUCCUAACCAGUAUAUAAGACCUCAUAUAAGACUUGGCGUAGGUUAUCUACUAUGUAGCAGAAUAAAUCUGAAAUCUGUAUAAGAAA